AUGCUCCUCGAGGAUGACCGCUCCGUUGAACUGUCUUCCAUCUCCGCCAUAUACCCCGAGAUCAUCAUCGACCCCGCCUCGCCGUUCCGGGCUGUUCUGGAUUUACCCGUCAAACCAUCAACCCCGCUGCGGGUGUGCUUCCAUCAGAACACUGACGUCGAGCUCCCGACGAUUCUGACCCCUCCCACAUCAUUCGACGAGCUUGUGCCGGUUGAUUUCAACAAAGAUGUCCACGUCAUCUCUUAUCUGCCUCCCCUCCGUCUCGAGAUCGACCUUCCCGAACAUUAUCCUUCUGAUUCCCCACCAUGCGUUCAACUUCGCACCGACCCUCCUUGGCUACCGAUCGAUAUUACCCAGCGGCUCAUAGACGAUUGCGAGCGUCUCUGGGAAGAAUGCGGGAGGGAUAUGGUGGUUUACACGUAUAUCGAUCAUCUCCAGCAACUGGCGGAGACGGCGUUUGGAAUCGACGAUAUCCCAGACGGAGAAGUGCGGCUUCCUCGUGAAUUGAGAGUCGCCUUGCUGGAUUUCAAUAGCAGGACCGAACGAGACAAGUUUGAACAAGAGACCUUCGAGUGUGGAGUUUGUUUGGAGCCAAAGAAGGGCACCAUUUGUCAUCGCCAUCUCUGCGGUCACGUCUUUUGUGUCCCGUGCCUGCAAGACUUCUACAACAACUGCAUCACCGAGGGAGAUGUGGACUGUGUCAAGUGCCUCGACCCCGAUUGCGCCAAGGAACGGGACAAGGAGGAUGUCAAAGGCGCUGCGAGCAGACGGAAGAAGCACGGUAAAACCCUGAAACCGGGCGAGCUCCUUCAGAUACCACUCGCACCGGAGAUCGUACAGCGCUAUGUUUUUCUGAAGCGGAAGAAGAAGUUGGAGGCGGACAAAUCUACCGUGUACUGUCCCCGCCAGUGGUGCCAGGGGGCCGCUCGUUCGAAGAAACACCCAAAACCGGAGGACCCUAUGUCAGAGGACCUAGAUGCGUCCGACGAAGAGGAAGGUGGGCCGGUAUUCGAUCCCCUGGGCGAUGAGGCCCAACUCCCUCCCGUAGCGGACCGGGUCGCCAUUUGCGAAGAUUGCAACUAUGCCUUUUGCUGCGUAUGUAAAAAGGGAUGGCAUGGCGAAUUGGUCCGGUGCUUCCCUCGUCGCGAGGCCGAGCUGUCGGUGGAAGAGCAGGCCACAGAGGACUACCUGAGGCGGUACACAUCCGCCUGCCCAACAUGCAAUGCCCCCUGUCAGAAACGCAUGGGCUGCAACCACAUGAAAUGCUUCCGAUGCGACACCCACUUCUGCUAUCUCUGUUCGAGCUGGCUGUUAGAGGACAAUCCCUACCGCCACUUCAACGAGCUCAACAGCAGCUGCUAUAACAGGCUCUGGGAUAUGGAGGGUGGCGACGGUGUCAACCCCGACGGCGCUGAGGUCCUCCACCAGAUCCCCGCGGAGCUGCUGGAGGACGACAGUGAUGACGAUGAUUUUCCCGCGUGGGAUUUUCAGAACGAGGCCGACAACAUCCCUCGUCGACAACCCCCGCCUCCAGCCCCCGCUCCCCCGCGGAUUCCCGGAGGCGGCGGCCCUGGAAACCGUGAGUGGGGCCGCAAUGGCCAUGGCUUGGACGCUGCCGGGAGGGCAGCCGCCGCGGAGAGACAAGCACAGGCACGGGCAAUGGCCGAAGUCCGGGGCCGGCCAGACGCUGAUGCCGACGAUGCUCAAGCCCGGCAACGCGCGGGUCUCCAACGAUUUCUAGAUCUGGUCCUUAACGACCGCGAAGACGAAUGGGACAGUGACGAACUGGACGAUGACUUUUAA